UUUCUUUCAAUUCAAACAUAAACAUUUCAGUUCUAAAGCAAUUGCAAUUUUUAUUGUACCGAAAAUGAAUCUUUCAUUCGUAUGUUUUUUACUUAUGUACUUCGCAUUUGGCAUAAUUGUUAGUGAAUCGUUUGAAAACUGUUGGAUUAAUGACGAGUGCCAAAAGGACGAAUGUUGCGUAAAAAUCGCGAAUUUUUUUGGUAAAUGCAAGGAAUUGAAGAAAAAGACAGAGGGUUGUAAUGUGAAGGAACAAAAACAACCUCUCAAGGAUCAUGUAUAUCUUGUCCAGUGUCCAUGUGCAGAAAGUCUUAAAUGUCAUCCCACAGAGGGUAUAAUAGGAUUAGCACGCGGAACAUGUCGAAACGCAAGUGAAGACCAAGAUUGAUUUCGAAAUUUGAGGACACUACGGACAAACGUACGAAACAUGUAAUGUACCAAAUUAAACUGAAAUAUUUUAUCUAAAA